AGUAUAAGGAUAACUCAAUCACUUAGAAUUCAAUUAAAUAUUUUAGGAUUAGUAUUUUACAAAAAAAUGUCUUAUAAGUUAGAUUCAGAAGUAGUGACUAUGGACGAGGACGGUCUGCGUUUCUCUCAAGAUUGUAAGGGUCAAAUGCCGGAAGGCAUCAUACAUGAAAAGGAAUCACCUGGUCAGGCGUCCAGCACAUCUGAAAAUGAAAAGGUAGUACCCGAAUUCUACAACAAGGCACAAAAAUAUUGGUCCGAAGUGCCAGCAACAGUAAACGGUAUGCUGGGCGGUCUUGGCUACAUUAACGCAAUUGAUAUACAAGGCUCGAAAAUAUUUCUUCGCGAGCUUAAAGUGCCGGGUAAAAAAUUGGCCCUGGACUGCGGUGCCGGGAUAGGACGAGUGUCAUGCAACCUACUUAUACCACUCUUUGAAACUGUCGACCUUGUUGAGCAAGAUGCCGCCUUUGCUGAAAAGGCUCGCGAGCUGUGCACAUCGGAGUCAGUUCGUCGGAAUGGCUUGGGUGAAAUAUAUAAUCUCGGCCUACAAGAGUUCUCACCCACAAACAAAUAUGAUCUUAUCUGGAGCCAAUGGGUUCUGGGACACCUAACAGAUCCAGACCUUGUGGCUUUUUUUCGUCGCAUGCGCCUCAGCUUGCAGCCAGGCGCUUACUUUUGCAUAAAAGAAAAUGUCAGCACCUCCAAGGAAGUGAUAAAAGACGACGAGGAUUCAUCAGUUACUCGUCCACUAGAAUUAUAUGAACGUUUUUUAAAAGAAGCUGGCUUUCGUGUUGCGAGAAAAGUACGGCAACAAAAUUUUCCCAAAGGGCUAUUUCCAGUCUAUAUGAUUGCCUGUAAACCAAAACCAUAAAUUCAUAAUUCGGAAUUCGACUCGCAUUAACAACGAAUUUUUUUAAAAUAAAUGUUAAAUUAGAUCCACUAGUAAGUACUAUCUAAAUAGAUAGCUAGAUAUUAA